AUGGCGUCGCAAGGCAUUAGAAUAGCUAUCGACAGAGGUGGUACGUUCACAGACGCAUGGGCAAAGAUCCCCAGUCGAGAGCAGGAUGUCAUCUUCAAAGUCCUGUCGAGGUGUCCUGAGGAGUACGAUGAUGCACCAACGGAAUGCAUCCGCCAGAUUUUGGAAAUGGCGUCCGGGUCAAGACUUCCACGCGGUACGCCUUUGGACUUGACGGCGGUCGAAUCCAUUCGUAUGGGCACCACAGUCGCGACAAAUGCUUUGCUCGAGCGCAAAGGUGAGAGGGUUGCGCUGGUGAUCACGAAGGGAUUUCGCGACAUCUUGAAAAUCGGCAACCAAGCUCGUCCUCACAUUUUCGACUUGUCAGUACAUCGAUUAAGCAAGCUCUACGAGACAGUUGUGGAAGUUGAUGAGAGAGUCACGAUCGAGGGGUUCGCAGAGGAUCCUGAGCCUAAGCCAAUCGACGUGGCGUCCGACUCAGCAUUACGGACUGGCCUGACGGGCGAGGCUGUUCGUAUUCUCAAAGAGCCAGACUACGAACAAGUCAAACGAGAUCUAGCGCUGCUUCGGGAGAAAGGCUACAAAACACUAGCCAUUGCUAUGAUGCACUCGUACACCUUCCAAGACCACGAGCUUGGCGUCGCCAAAAUCGCUCGAGAGCUGGGAUUCAAAGUCGCUGCGUCGUCCGAAAUCCAGAAGAUGGCUAAGCUCGUACCGCGGAGCCAGUCAGCCGUCGCCGAUGCAUAUCUUUCGCCGAUCACAGAUGACUAUCUAGAGACUCUGAGGAAGGGGUUCAAAGGACAACUCAAGGAUGAGCAUGCAAGCAAGCUAUUCUUCAAUCAAUCUGAUGGAGGCUUGACAAACUUUACGAACUUCUCUGGACUUCGUGGUGUGUUGAGUGGCCCUGCAGGUGGGGUCAUUGGUCUGUCAAGAACAUGUUACAAUGCUCAGGAUGACACCCCCGUGCUAGGAUUCGAUAUGGGUGGUACCAGCACUGACGUUGCACGAUACGCUGGCUCGCUAGAACACAUCUUCGAGAGCACCAUUGCAGAGGUCACGAUUCAAACGCCACAGUUGGACAUCAACACUGUCGCUGCGGGUGGCGGCUCGAUUCUGUCUUGGGAGAACGGUCUCUUCAAGGUCGGCCCCAGCAGUGCUGGUGCAGAUCCUGGACCAGCAUGUUACGGCAAGGGCGGUCCACUCACUGUGACUGAUGCCAACUUCUUCCUUGGGCGAAUCAUCCCGGAUCUGUUCCCCCGGCCGCUCGACUUGGUAGUUGUAAGGACCAAGUUCGAGGCUCUCACAGCGACAAUCAACAACGAGAAAGACGGUAACGACCAGAUGACCGCAGAGGAGGUUGCCAUGGGAUUCCUCAUGAUUGCAAAUGCGACCAUGACGAGACCCAUUCGCAAACUCAGCGAAGGUCGCGGCUUCGAGACGGCAAGUCACAACCUUGGUUGCUUUGGUGGUGCAGGUGGGCAGCAUGCUGUUGCCAUCGCACGCGAACUGGGCAUUCGACAAGUAAUUAUCCCACGAUACUCUAGUAUCCUGUCGGCGUACGGCAUGGCGCUUGCAGACGUAGUCGUGGAGAAUCAAGAGCCAGAAGCCGUUGUUUUCUCGGUCCAAGCUCUCCAACAGCUACAAAAUCGAAUGGACAGACUGUGUGCAACUGGCGAGGACGGCUUGCAAAAGCAAGGCUUCACCCCAGAGCACAUCUUCCAUCAGAAGUUCCUCAAUAUGCGCUACCACGGCAGUGAUACCACGCUUAUGAUACAGAGUAACGGUGGUCUGGCUGAUUUUGGAACUGCGUUCACGGAACGCCAUCAACAGGAGUUUGGCUUUACGCAGCCGCGCGAAAUCCUUGUGGAAGAUGUCAGAGUACGCAGUGUCGGCAAAGGAGCCGAUCUCAACCUGGCGAAUCCCUUUGAAGACCUUCGCAGAGUUCAGCAAUCACCACCGGUGACUCCUGUACAACCUGAAUCCAUGCGCAAGGUCUACUUUGAGGGCACUGGAUGGUCCGAAACUGGACUGUACUUUCUGGGAGAUCUUCCCGUUGGUGCUCGCGUGAAUGGGCCUGCUAUGGUUGUGGACAAAACUCAGACAAUUGUGAUUGACCCCUCUUCGGCAGCCACGGUUCUUCCCGAGCACGUUAUACUUGACAUCCUUGAUGUCAAGAAAUCCGGUGUCUCAACAGACGUCGUCGAUCCCGUGCAACUGAGCGUCUUCGGCCACCGUUUCAUGAGUGUCGCAGAACAGAUGGGCCAGACUAUGCAGAAGACGUCGAUUUCUGUCAACAUUAAAGAGCGCCUGGACUUUUCCUGCGCCAUAUUCUCCUCUGACGGCGGACUUGUCGCUAACGCCCCCCACAUCCCGGGUCACCUCGGGUCUAUGAGCUACGCUAUUGCCUAUCAAGCGAGGCUGUACAAGCCAGGUGAGCUCAAGCCAGGUGAUGUGCUUCUCAGCAACCACCCCUGCUCCGGCGGUACGCACCUACCGGAUCUCACGGUCACCACACCCGUAUUCGCAGACGACAACAAAACGAUACUGUUUUUCGUUGCUAACCGAGGACAUCACGCCGAUAUUGGUGGCAUUGCACCAGGAUCCAUGCCUCCCAACUCCACAGAGCUUUGGCAGGAAGGUGUUGCAGUCGAAUCCUUCAAGAUGGUCAAGGAAGGUGUUUUCGACGAAGCUGGCUUGACAGAGAUUCUUUACGACAUUCCAGGCUCGUACCCUGGCUGCAGCGGAACAAGAACAUUAAAAGACAAUCUUGCGGAUCUCAAAGCUGCCAUUGCUGCCAAUAACCGGGGCAUCCAACUGAUCACAGCGCUAGUUCGAGAAUACUCCUGGCCUGUGGUUCAGUUCUACAUGAACGCUAUUCAAGACAAUGCCGCCCAAGCAGUGCGUCAGUUGCUAAAGGUGUUCUCCAAGCGUUUUGAAGGACAAGAUCUUGAGGCGACCGAUCAUAUUGACGAUGGCACUCCUCUAUCUCUGAAGAUCAGAAUUGACGGCGAAUCCGGUAAUGCAGAGUUUGACUUCACCGGUACCGGUCCGGAGCAUUAUGGCAACCUGAAUUGCCCGCCAGCGGUGAUGUACUCCGGCAUCAUGUACUGCCUUCGCUCCAUGAUCUCAACCGAAAUUCCUCUCAACCAAGGCUGCCUCGCGCCUAUCAAACUCACUCUCCCACCCAACACCAUUCUUUCACCGUCCCUCAAAGCUGCCACUGUGGGGUCUAACGUCGAAACUUCUCAGCGGAUCGUUGAUCUCGUCUUCAAGGCUUUCCAGGCUUGUGCAGCCAGCCAGGGAACAUGCAACAACCUCACAUUCGGCUACGGAGGAACCGAUGCCGUAACUGGCAAAGUCGUCAAGGGCUUCGGCUACUACGAGACGAUCGCGGGAGGCUCUGGCGCCGGUGCAGACUGGGAAGGAGAGAGUGGAGUGCAUACCCACGUCACGAACACGAGAAUCAGUGAUCCGGAAAUCUUCGAGCGGCGUUAUCCGGUCAUUGUGCAUGAAUUCUCUAUCCGAACGGGUAGUGGCGGUGCAGGCCUGCAUAGGGGUGGUGAUGGCUGCGUGCGUGAUAUUGAGUUUCGCAUGCCGUUGCAAGUGUCAAUUCUGUCGGAGCGAAGAGUCGUUCCACCAUAUGGAAUGGCAGGUGGUGAUGAAGGCAAGAGGGGUGUCAACCUGUGGAUUCGAAAGGAUCCAGAAGAUGGGACUGUCAGAACGAUCAGUCUGGGUGGGAAAGCAACGGCUCCAUUCAAUGCUGGAGAUCGCAUUGUCGUGUGUACCCCAGGUGGAGGAGGGUACGGCGUAGACCCGAAGAAGGUGGCGAAGAAGCAGGUCUUCGGUGCGUUCAAGAUUGGUGACAAGUUUGCAAAUGCGGUAGGAAAGGGUGGAAGUGUGGCCGAGAGGGAAGCAGCUGCAACUGGUAACUGA